AUCUGAAGACUCAUUGGAGCUUGAAAGCUCAUUAAAACCUGAAGGCUCAUUAGAACUUGAAAGCUUAGUGGAAUCUGAAGAUUCAGUAAAACUUGAAGGUUCAGUGGAACCUAAAGAUGUAAGAUCUGAAAACUUACUAGAACUACUUGAAAAUAUACUUUUUCAAAAAGGCAAAGCCUACUACUCCCUUGAAGCUUUCAAAUAUAUGGCUAAUCAAUAUUCAGAAGCAAAGGGGUUUAAACUUAUGCGUAUUUCACCUACUGGCUGUGAAAUACCAAAAGAUAUUAAAGAGGAAAUUCUGCUCUUAAAAAAAGCAGGUAUUCCAACAUCACAAAUUCAAUCACUACUUGUAGCUCAUGAUUUUCUUCUCCUCUUGCAGCAAAAAUGUAGGAAUGAUCCUGAGUUUUCUUUUGAAUUUGAGUUAGACUAUAAAAACUCACUUAAUGCUUAUGAGGAAGCUGAGGAUAUUUCUGCAUACAAGAAGCUUAAAUUUUCUGCUGAAUGGAAUAAAAAGGAUAUGUAUAUGUAUGAAGAAAUAGCUAGUGAAAAUGAGUUGCAUCGUUUUAAAUUAUUAUGUUAUGAGAAAUCUGAUACUAUACAUUGGCAGAAGGAUCUGCCUGAAUUAGAGCUUGCAAAAGCUUAUAUUAAUUUUUAUAACUACUCACAAACUCAAGCCUUAAGAACUCUAGCAUUACAGGGAUCUUCUAGUGAAUCUUCUACUGAUCCUAAUAAAUGUGUGGACUUUACAUUGUAUCUCAAGGAAUAUUUAGAAGCUUUGUAUAUCAAUACUGACAGUAGUUCGAAUUCAACUCGUAUAGAGAAUAUGACAGCAUCUUUACAACUUCCAGUAAUUAAUAAUCUCCCUAAGAGCAAGGCAGUUGAAAGGUCAAAGAAAGGAAGGAUCAGAUCCCAAAAAGAGAAUACAUCUGUAGCUAUAGUGAAAAAGAAGCAUGGUCAACUAAAAAAAGCUUUUGAAAAAAGCUUAACCAAAAAUCAAAGUGAAAAUAACAGUCUGAGCUGCUUUAGAAAUAUAUACAGAGUGUGUAAUAAGGUCUAG